CAGUGCCUGAUGGUGCAGAAGUGAUGACUGCACGAGAGGGGGGGAGAGGGGGAGGGGGAGGCGGAGCGGGAGGGCGGGGAGGAGGAGCAGGAGCAGCAAGAGAUGCAGGGGGGGCGGGAGGGGCAGGAGAGGCUGCGGGAGCAGGGGGGGCAGGAGGAGCAGGAGAAGCAGGAGAAGCAGGUGGGGCAGAGGGAACGUUGUAUGAGACGCAGCAGCAGUGGCAGUCGCAGCAGGAGCAGCAGCAGCAGCAGCAGCAGGCGCCGGUUCGCAAGAUUAGUCGGAAUCGGGCAAGGGAGACAGAGAGCCAGGGAGGGGGAAGGGCAGGAGGGUAUGGUGGGGGUAUGGGGGGCGAAGGGGAGGAAGAGGAAGAGGAGGACCUUGGUGGGGGUGGCAGAGUGAGGAAGGUGAGGAGGAUAGGUGACUUUUGA